AUGACUUACCUAAAACUCAAAAUUCCCUCCCUCAACGACAUUAGCAUUCACGACAAACUCGAAGUCGACGUCGAAGGAAUAGAAGACGGUAAAGUCCUCCUCGUCAAAUCCGAGAAUGGAACUGUUCACGCUUUGAGUCCGCGGUGCACGCAUUAUGGGGCUCCGUUGAAGGGUGGGGUCCUGGAGGGUGAGAGACUUACUUCCUGCUUCAACAUAACAACCGGCGACGUCGAAGACGCACCAGCCCUAAAUGCGCUAAACAAAUACGAAAUCCUCGAAAAAUCCGACGGCAUCUACAUCCAAGCCGAAGAAUCAGAUAUAAAAUCCGGACACCGAAAUCCCGUCUCGAAAUGCACCGUCUCUAGUGAUGAGAGGGUUCUUGUUGUUGGAGGAGGAAGCGCAACAAUAGGCUUAACCCAAUCCCUCCGCGAAAACAAAUACACGGGCAAAAUAACAAUCCUAACAAAAGAACCAACAACCCAAAUAAUCGACCGACCAAAACUCUCAAAAGCCCUCAUCGCCGAUCCAUCAAAGAUCCUCCUCCGCCCGAAAGAAUGGUACAAAGAUGCCGGCAUUGAGAUCCUAUCUCAGGAAGUUACGUCCGUCGACUUUGACAAUAAGUCCGUCUCCACGGCUUCGGGGGAGAGGUACUCAUAUACUAAACUCGUUCUUGCGACGGGUGGUGUUCCGCGACGAUUGCCGUUGCCGGGUUUUGAGGACGACGUGAAGAAUAUUUAUACGCUUAGGAAUGUUGAUGAUGUGAAAUCUAUCCUAGAUGGAAUUGCCAAUAUCAACACCAGCAGCGGUAGCGGCAAUGACGGCAAAAAGCAAAUCGUCGUUAUAGGAUCAUCCUUCAUCGGCAUGGAGGUAGGAAACGCACUCGCCACCCAAGAUCAAAAUCACGCCGUCACGAUAAUCGGCAUGGAAUCAGCACCAAUGGAACGAGUCAUGGGUGCGGAAGUAGGACGCAUUUUCCAGAAAAACCUCGAGAAAUCGGGGAUUCGGUUUAUACUUGGUGCUUCUGUUGAAAAGGCCUCGGCCAGCUCUGGCUCUGGCUCUGGCUCCAACGUCUCCGCAGUCCAUCUCAAAGAUGGAUCCGUGAUUCCCGCAGAUAUCGUCAUUCUAGGCGUUGGCGUUCGUCCCGCGACGGAUUUCUUAAAGGGAAAUCAGGCAAUUCAACUUGAAGGAGAUGGAUCUAUUCGGACGGAUGAGAAUUUCGCUGUUCAGGGACUGGACUCGGUCUUUGCUCUCGGUGAUAUAGCUACAUUCCCCUACACCGGGCCCGGCGGAGGAGGAUCACACACACGCAUUGAACAUUGGAACGUAGCGCAGAAUUCGGGACGGAGUGUUGCUCGUUCAAUUUCGCACGCUGCUGGCUCUGGAAAACUCAAGCCGAAGAAAUUUAUACCGAUUUUCUGGUCUGCGCUCGGAGGGCAGAUGAGGUAUGCUGGUAAUACGGUGAACGGGUAUGAUGAUAUCUUUAUCUCUGGGGAACCGGAGAAUGGGAAGUUCGUGGCGUAUUAUUUUAAGGGGGAGAUUGUUGUUGCGGUUGCUACUAUGGGGGUUGAUCCGGUUAUGGUCAAGGUUGCGGCGCUUAUGAGGGUUGGUAGGAUGAUUGGGAAGAAGGAUGUUAUUUCUGGGGUGGAUGUUUUGGGGGUUUGA